GCUCACACACACACUCUCGCUGCACACGCUUUGAGUGGAACAGAUUCACAGUGCUGCACCGGAGUGAGGCAACGGUGUGUGAUUGAGGGUGAGGUGGGCUAGUGAGCGAGAGAGAGAGCGAGAGAGAGAAAGUUUAUUCUCACCCCUCCUCAGCAAAAGGAAAACACCAGUGUGGAGAAGUUGAAUGAACGGAUGGUCUCAACUGAGGACCUUUUUUAUCAGACCAUGGAAGCCAAGAACUGGAGCUAGAAGAAAAAUAAGAAAAGAGUUUUAAAACACGCACACAAACACUUUGGGCUGAACUGGAAAUUAGAGUUUCAUCUGUGGGAUUACUGGACACUUCAUUUAGGAGCUCUUGUCAUGUUGGUAUCCUGCAUGAUCAUCUCUUGUUGACAGGAGCCUCUCCGUGUUUUGGAUUUCCCACGGAUCACAGUUUGUUUUCUGAGCACAGCGUGUGAAUGAAGGGUUCGGUAGCAGGAAACAUGUCAAGCGGACGAUUUAGUCACCUGUUGAGGGGUGUCUGGUUGCUGUGGCAAGCUCUGCUGGUGGUAGGAACGGGGACAAAACUUUGGGAGGUGCCCACAGGUCCCUUCACUUCCUCCUCCAACUUCAGUGAAAAUCCACAGUGGGAGCCCCACUGUCAGUACCGCAACGUACAGGACAGAGUGAGAAUCACAGCAGACAUACCCCCACGACUGGAUGGCACUUGGGUAUCAACAAGCUGUGAAGUUCGGCCUAGUCCAGAGUUCCUCACCCGCUCCUACACCUUCCACCCCAACCGUCACUUCCAGGCCCUGCAGCACUACUAUACCGAUAGUGGCUGUGAGGACCCGAGCUACUCCCUGAUAAUCAGGGGAAAGAUUCGUCUGCGCCAGGCCUCCUGGAUCACCCGUGGGGGCACUGAAGCUGAACAUCACCUCACCAAAGUGGGCAUUGUGGUUCAUAGCCUUGCAGCCAAGCAGAGGUUGGCCUCCAGGCUCCCUUCGACCUGUGUGGGUCUGAGCCUGGGUCAAGUGGUACCGGGGAAGCUCUAUGAACUAUACAGCACUCGGGCAGGGAGGGGAUGUCUGGCAGCACUGGGCUUCUCCAUGAUGGAGAUGAGUCUGGUACGAGUGGAGACUCAAUACCACAACCAUGGAGGGAAGGUCCAGGAGCUGUUCUUAGGAGAUAUCCACACUGACUGGACCCAGAGAAUUCAGUACAAACCUACUGGGUAUCAACAGCCACUGCAGAAUGCCAUGCAUCACAUCCACCCCUGCCCUGUGUGUGCCCUGGUGUACCGCUCCACAGAGCAGCGCCCCCCUGUGUUGCCCCGCAGCCCUGUUGCCCAUCUGUCUCUGGGAGGCCAAUGGGUUAGCCAACACUGCGAAACCCGUCCCAAUGUCCUCUUCCUUACUCGAGACUUCACCUUUGAUCCCCACCAGCACGCUUGGGAGGGCAUCUACCGGCACUAUUCUGACCCUGCUUGCUCUCAGCCCACUUUCACCCUCAGAGCUUCAGGUCACUAUGCUCAGGGAAACCCCUCUGUCAAAAUCUCAGGAGCCUCUGAGUUUGUCUUCAAGGUGACCCAGGUGAGAGCCACAGCCAUGGAGGUGCCCACAGCCAAAUUGCUGAACAGUACUAAGCCAGGAAAGUGUGGUCAGGCAAGAGGUUGGGAGGUUGGAGUAGAGCAGGACUUGACCCCUACAGAUGGAUGCACUGUGCUGGGCAUCAAGCUGCCACAUAAGGAGUAUGAGCUCUUCAAGAUAGAGCUGGAUCACAGGAAACACCCACUGCUGUUCAUCGGCGAGAGGCCAACUGACGGGUCCAGUCCUGACCGACCGCUGAGACGACCCACUUCUUUUCAGGCUCCCAUGGUGUUUUGCAGUGGGAGAAGCAAACAGGUCUCCCGAUCAGGUUUUAAAAGCAAGCAAGUACAGUUAGCAGCCAGUGGGACAGAGAGGCUUCCACAGCUGGCGUUUCUGGUGUUUGGAUCUGUGCUGUGCGGCUGGCUCUGUGUUUACUAGACACUGUUCACAAAUCAAAUCUGUUAAACAGUUGAUGUCAGUGAUGGACAUUGUUUCCUGGCAGCUGUUUUUCACUCUCCUUCCUUC